CACAGUGUUCGGUUGGCCCGCCAAUACUACCGACCCCAGGGCCGCGGAACCGGAGGAGCAGGACGUGGACGCGGUGCAGGUCACGGACCAGGUGGACGCGACGUCCUCCUUCAUCUGCUACGCGGACGGGGAGCCCGAGGCCGCCUACGUGACCGGCCUCACAACAGCGGAAGCGGUGAAGAAUGGCAUGGCGGUGAUUGACGGCGGGGCGACGCGGACUCUCGCGUCAGUGCCCGCCAUGGAAGCCAUCAUGUCCAUAAAUCACAAGAAGCGUGGACAUAACGGUGUGUCCUCUGUGGACUUGGGGGAUCGCCCCGUGUUUGGCUUUGGGAAUGGGUCAGAGAAUCAGUGUGCCUCGACGGUCUUGCUCAAGAUUGCCGCCAACAAAGUACCGGGUGCACUUAAGGUGCACUGCUUAGAUCAAGGAAGCGGACCCCUGCUUUUGAGCGUGGAGUCUCUCCGGAAGUUGGGGGCCAUCGUCGACUUUGAAGAGGACAUGAUCUGCUUCCGAAAGCUAGAUGCGCACAAGAUUGUGCAGGUGGAGAGGUCCACCACGGGACAUCAGCUGAUCUCGAUGACAGAGGACAUCAUGUCUAAGGCCAAGCUUGUCCUUGCGGUGCCCCUCAUGGCCCUGAACCUGAACAAGCUGAACCACAUGACCAAGGAGCAGCUGCGGAACUAUUUGUACGAGGAGUUCAACGAGCACGCCUACCACAAGUGGACGAAGGUGGAUAUCCGCCAGCGUUUGCUCGAGUUGCACAAUGUCAAUGUGGAGGACCUCCACCGCGGCACGGAUUUGACCACCACGCAGGCGGCCAUUCGCGAGGUCCGCAAGGCGGCCAAGAAGAAGGCCGACCUAGUGAAGCUUUGCGAGGAGACCUACCACAUGACGGUGAACCGCAACGAUACAGUGGCCAUCCUGGAGGCCCGGGUGCUCAAGAUCAUCUACGACAGCAAGGAGCCGGAGUCCGGGGAUGCCAUCGGAUUUGGGAAGCACAGCUACCUCCAGUAUGUCGACAUGCUGGACCCCGAGCACGAGAACUACGCGAAAUGGGUGAUGACUACGGCCCGGGAGAAUCCGACGACAGGGUGCGAUCCGAGACUGUACCGCUUGGCCCGGUGGCUGGAGACUCAGAACCUGGACGGACGCCAGGCCAAGACACGUGGCAUCCCAGCGUCGGCCACGCCAAAGCGGAUGAGCAAGGGCUACAUGUCCACACCCGGUGCGAGGAUGUCACCCGGGGCGGCCAGCAGCAGCUCCGAGCAUGUGGAGGCACAGGACCGCAAGAUCGAGGCCCUGACCGAGGUCCUUGCGGAGAUCAAGUCGGAGCUGAAGGAGAUCAAGGGCGAGAAGAUGCGGAAACAGGGCAGCCGAGCUGGCCCAGACGCCGAGAUGGCAGAGAGCAGCCAGUCGGAUGCCUCCUUCUUCAAGAUCGGAACGCCGCCGCCGAGUCGUACGACACCACAG